AUGGGGAGGUGUGUCGGAACAGGAGCCGAUGUGUCCGGGACCACCGCCGCAACAGAGGCCGAGGCGUCCGGGACCACCGCCGCAACAGAGGCCGAGGCGUCCGGGACCACCGCCGCAACAGGGGCCGAGGCGUCCGGGACCACCGCCGCAACAGGGGCCGAGGCGUCCGGGACCACCGCCGCAACAGAGGCCGAGGCGUCCGGGACCACCGCCGCAACAGAGGCCGAGGCGUCCGGGACCACCGCCGCAACAGAGGCCGAGGCGUCCGGGACCACCGCCGCAACAGAGGCCGAGGCGUCCGGGACCACCGCCGCAACAGAGGCCGAGGCGUCCGGGUCCACCGCCGCAACAGAGGCCGAGGCGUCCGGGACCACCGCCGCAACAGAGGCCGAGGCGUCCGGGUCCACCGCCGCAACAGAGGCCGAGGCGUCCGGGUCCACCGCCGCAACAGAGGCCGAGGAGUCCGGGACCACCGCCGCAACAGAGGCCGAGGAGUCCGGGACCACCGCCGCAACAGAGGCCGAGGAGUCCGGGACCACCGCCGCAACAGAGGCCGAGGAGUCCGGGACCACUGCCGCAACAGAGGCCGAGGCGUCCGGGACCACCGCCUGUUUCCUGCGCACGAGGCCGUAUAUGCGUCUGUACGUGUGA